CAAAAAAAGUAUCCGUGGCACAGAGCAAUUGAGGUUAGGUUUGGUGAAAGUGUGACAUUUUGGUGGAAAUUUCCUGAGAUUUUUUCUUCCAAUUUACUAACCCAAAGCGUUGAAUUUUAUUGCUUUUCACCCGAUAAACAGAUUCAAGUGCUGUUGUUUGUGCAAUUAAAUAUAUUUGCUGUGAAGGAUGACUGAUAUUUGGGCGUAAAUUGGGAGUGAAAGGGAGUGUGAAGUGCCAAGUGAUCGUCAAGGAGUAAGGUGCUCCCGGAACCAUGGAGGAUCGACUGAAUCUGGGCAAGGAGGUGAGAGAACUUAAGCUGGGAACAACAUUUACCAAUCCAGGAGCAGGAACAUCCUUUCACACGCUAAAAUAUGACUUUAAGCCCGCUAGUGUUGAUCCCAGCAAGAUGGCCAUUCUCAAUGUGAGCUCCAAUAAUCAAGUGACAGUCACUGUGCCCCAUUUGGAUAGUUCUGGUGUCCCAAAGACCGUGUUCAAGGGGAACCAGAAGAACUAUACCAAGGAGUGCGUUUUGAUUGUGGACAAAAACACAGGACAAGUGACGCUGGAGAGGCUCCAUCACAAUAUCCAAGUCAAGAAGACACGAUCAGAGUCAACACACAAAGCUGUACCUCCAGUUGUGCCCAAAAUUGUUCCGGAAAAUAUUACACAGAGAACAUCAUCAAAGACCAAAGUGUCCACUGGUGUCCGGAAGAAUGCAAUAACUGGUUUUGUGCCCAAGAACUCCCCUCAUCAGGGAUCACCUUCCUAUCCUCAUCAUAAGAGUCCUCAGUCGGCUCCAGCAUGGAACGCCAACAAUGGUCAGUCAACGCUGCCCAGUAUUCCUAUAAUUGGACUAGAUGACGAUCUCGUGCCCCCAGCCAUGAAUCCGCCUCCUUUGAGCACCCAAAGCACCUCAGUGGGUGCCUCCAUGCCAAUUGUGGCCACUGAGACAAUGGCAGACCUUGCCACUUCCUCCAGCUCAGCAGGACCGAGUCUAGCCACAGGAAGUGGCAAUAAUGUAACAGAACCUGAUAUCCUCUCAUCAUCAGACACUUCCUCGGAUUCUGAGUCCAGUGGAAGUGACUCAGACUCCGAUAGUACCCAGAGUUCACCAGGCAGAGGAAACACUCCAGUCAAUCAUUUGGAAAAUGGUGUCCUGCCAAAUCACUUGAUCAGUCUCAGUCGAGAUCUCUGCUUGUCCGAGUCCAACUCAGAUUCAGAUGACGACUAAAUAUUUAUUCAUGUGCUCUACGAGAGAUUUCUUAUGUAUAAUUUUGUGUUGAUAUCUUUUGAUAAUGGGGUUGUCAGUAAUCAUGAUAUUGAAGCAAAGCAA